GAGAAGCGGGCUCCGGAGGGAGGCUGGGAGCGGUAGGAGAAGAGGAGGAGGAGAAAGGGAGGAGGACCCUGGGAGGGAGGCGGCGGCGCGGGAGGAGGAGGGGCGCAGCCGCUGAGCCACUAGCUCCGCUCCGACGCGCUUCUCUCCAGAUACUCCGGGAGCUCCAGCCGCGCGGAUCAGGCGCUCCCACCGCUCUGUACCCAAACUUCAGCUGCGGCUACAUUCCAGGGCACCUAAUUUAUUCCUCAAAAAUCAGAAACGGAGCCGCGACACGGGGAAGGAGUCCGCGGAGGAGUACAACAACAGCAGAGCAAGAAGAGCUCCAGAGAGCUGCCUCACCGGAGCAACAGCUAGGCAUCGGUUGUGUAGGAACCAACAAGUGAGAAGGCGCCGCGUUCCCGGGGCGCAGCCGCAGGCGCAGCAGGAGGAAGCGAGAGCCCGGAGCCCGAGCUCCCGAGCCCGAGCCGCGGUCGCUGCGGCUGCUCUGCUCCGGUCCUUCUGCGCAGGCUGCGCCGGGCGCUGGGCGAGAGACUUCGUUUUUCCCUCGUUGUAAAGCGGCGGCUGGGAGCAGCCGGGCCCCGGGGAAUAUGCGGCGCGCUUGGAUCCUGCUCACCUUGGGCUUGGUGGCCUGCGUGUCGGCGGAGUCGCGGGCAGAGCUGACGUCUGAUAAAGACAUGUACCUUGACAACAGCUCCAUUGAAGAAGCUUCAGGAGUGUAUCCUAUUGAUGACGAUGACUAUGCUUCUGCAUCAGGCUCGGGAGCUGAUGAGGACGGAGAGAGUCCAGAGCUGACCACAUCUCGACCCCUUCCAAAGAUUCCGUUCACUAUUGCUGCUCCGAGAGUGGAAACCACGACUCUGAACAAGAUACAGAAUAAGAUCCCCGCUCAGACAAAGUCACCUGAAGAAAUUGAUAAGGAAAAAGUUCACCUCUCUGACUCAGAAAGGAAAAUGGACCCAGCUGAAGAGGCUACAAAUGUGUAUACUGAGAAGCACUCAGACAAUCUGUUUAAACGAACAGAAGUCCUGGCAGCUGUCAUUGCUGGCGGAGUUAUCGGCUUUCUCUUUGCAAUUUUCCUUAUCCUGCUGUUGGUGUAUCGCAUGAGAAAGAAGGAUGAAGGAAGUUACGACCUUGGAGAACGCAAACCAUCCAGUGCUGCUUACCAGAAAGCACCUACUAAGGAGUUUUAUGCGUGAAAACUCCCAUUUAGUGUCUCUAUUUAUGAGAUCACUGAACUUUUAAAAAUAAAGCUUUUGCAUAGAAUAAUGAAGAUCUUUGUUUUUUUGUUUUUUUCCAUUAAAGAGCCAUUCUGGCACUUUAAUGAUAAAAUCCCAUUGUAUUUAAAACUUUUCAUGUAUUUCUUUAGAACAACAUAAAAUUCAAAGUUAACAUCUGCAGUGUUCUGUGAAUAGCAGUGGCAAAAUAUUAUGUUAUAAAAACCCUCAAUGUUCAUGGAAUCGGUUUAAACUUUUACGUGCAAAUAUGAAAAGAUUGUUUUUACCCUACGGUUUGAAGAUGAAAGCUGUUUCAUUUGAGUCUGCAUGUCUCAGAUUGACCUUACCAAGUUCGUCUUACUUUGUUAAUUUAUCUGUUGCUCCCCUCUCCUCUGCUCGCCCCUCUUGUCCCCUUGAAAGCGAAACAAAACUCUAUGCCUUUUGUAGCUGUUACGGUGCAGUUUGUCUUUGGAUAUUUCAGAUAAUGGUAAUUUAGUGUAUAUGUGAUUUUCAAAUAUAUCAACUUUAACCUCCACUUUGUAUAAAUUUUUAAGUGUCGGACUAUCCGUUUUACACUUGCUUUGUUUUUCAUUACCUGUAGCUUCAGGCAGAUUUGCAACAGCAAAUUAACGUGUAAAAUUGGAUUAUCACCGCAAAACUGUUUAGUCAUGUCUGUCUAAUCAGAUCUUCUUUUGGGAGGAUUUGAGUAACUGACAAGCCUCAGCAAACCCAAAGAUGAUAACAGUAUUUUGAGAAGUUGCUGCAGAUUCCUUUGGCCACUGUAUUUGUUAAUUUCUUGCAAUUUGAAGGUACGAGUAGGGACUUAAGGAAAAAAUCAGUUUUUGUUCUUAAAAAUGCAUUUAAGUUGUAAACAUCUUUUUAAGCCUUUGAAGUGCCUAUGAUUCUAUGUAACUCUUCGCAGACUGGUGUUAAUGAGUAUAUAUAACAGUUAAAAAAAAAAGUUGGUAUUUUAUAAGAACAGACGAUUAUAAUGGUAACUUUUGUAGUCUUACGAAUAGACGUAAAUUGUAAUUUGAGAACAUAAAAACUACUGAAUAAAUCAUGUGGCCUAAUAUUGAAAA